CUCUUGCUCAAAAUCUCCAAAGUCUCUCUCUAAAAUAUUCGUAUAAACCUCUCAUAUUCAUACACAACUAAUAAAGUAAAACAAAGAACUCACAUCUCUCUCUCUCUCAUUUUUCAGUGCAGCAUUUUAUCAAACAUGUGUAGAACAAAGCCUCCGUUUUUCUUACUCAUCUUCCUAACCACAGCUCUCUCGACCCUCUUCGCGCCAUCAGAAUCCUCCACCGAGACCUUCGUCUUCGGUGGCUGCUCGCAGCUCAAGUACUCUCCCGGCUCGCCGUACGAGUCGGGAGUCAACUCCCUCCUCACUUCCUUUGUCAACUCGGCCAUGUUCUCCACAUUCAACAAGUACACCAUCCCCGCCACCGGCGGUGCUCCCAACUUGUACGGCCUCUUUCAAUGCCGGGGAGACCUGGGCAACGACGCCUGCUCUCGCUGCGUGGCUCGCGCUGUGAGUCAACUCGGCACACUCUGCACCGACUCGUGCGGUGGCGCGUUGCAGCUCGAGGGCUGCCUCGUUAAGUACGAUAACACCUCGUUUCUAGGCGUGGAGGACAAGACCGUCGUCGUAAAGAAAUGUGGACCGGCCGUCGGGUACGACUCCGACGCGAUGUCCCGGCGGGACGGCGUUCUGGACUACAUGAGUGCGAACUCUGGCGCCGGUGCCGGAGGUCUGUACAGAGUUGGUGGCUCCGGUAACAUCCAGGGCGUGGCGCAGUGCGUGGGGGACUUGAGCCAAUCGGAGUGCCAGGAUUGCCUCUCGGACGCAAUCCAACGGCUGAAAACCGACUGUGGGCCAGCCUCGUGGGGUGACGUGUACUUGGCCAAGUGCUACGCGCGGUUCUCGGAAGGUGGAUCCCACUCGCACGGCGGAAAGGAUGACAAUAGUAAUGAUGAUGAAAUUGAGAAGACACUAGCAAUAUUAAUUGGACUCAUAGCUGGUGUUGGUCUGCUAAUUGUGUUCCUUUCUUUCUUGAGAAAACUUUGUGAAAGUGAUAAAGGUGGGAAGUGAAAUGCAGUUAGUGGAUACAUAUAGAUUCUCUGGUAAAAUAUAUAUAUAUAUAUAUGUCUCUUUGGUGGCUCUGUUUCUUUCCUUUACUUUUCUUUCUUUUCCUUUUGACUUCUGAGUUCUUGGUCCCAAUCACUGUUAUUUUCUUCCCAUUUCUUUCUGAAAGUUCUUGAUAGAUAGAAAGAUGUUUAUGUAUUGAUAAAGGUACCUUGAAACAAGUGAAAUGAAAGUUGCAAUAAGAGAAAAAAAACAAAAGAACAAAGAGAGAGAUCAAAGAUUCCUGCUCCCCACACCCACUUAAACAAUGCUACCUUGUUUUAUGAUGUGUAUAUAUAGUGAUCACUUUAGUGAAGAAAAAACAAAUUGUGAGGCUGAGUUAGUGCCUUCUUCACCAAAGAUUUUAUUUUAUUUUUUUGUUGCUUUAGCCUUUAUAUUGAAGUUGCCAAACUUUUAUGUCAAUAAAAAGUUAUAUCUUAUCAUCCAA